UAUAAAUCACUGCGUCAGCUGCGGGAACCCCACCAGCUCCUCUUAGACGCUACCAUGUUCACAGUAAAGGCAACUUAUCGAAACGAGACUCGCAAGUUUUCUUUCUCAGGGACUGUCUUGUUCCCCACAUACGAGGAGCUUUACCAGCAGUUGUAUCGCAUAUUUCCUAUAAGCCAUAAUUAUUAUCUUUCUAAACUCAUUUUCUCUCCUGACGUGUCCAAGACGUCUCGUAUUCUAAUUGGAAAAGAAGUCCAUAACGCAGAGGAGUAUAACACUCGUAUUGCCCCUUUACGCAGGCGCUGGCCCAACCCACUGCUCAGGUUCUCUAUCUUCGACGAGACACCCCACAAAGCACCCAGCGCAACGGUCGAAGAUUCUCCGGAGGUUCUUAAUCCUUUGUCCUUCAUGGCGAUUCCUCCGCCUCCUACACUUUUGUCGACUCCUGCACCACCCAAUUUGUCAUCCGCGUCAUCUUUCGAUACACGUUUCCAGGAGUUUCUAUCAUUCAAGGCGGCUCAUCCACCGCCGCCUUCUUCUAGACCACUUCCUACCCUUGAAGCUGUUAGUUUUAUUGCGCCUCAAAUCUCGCCUUCGUUCAUUUCGCCGCCACCACCUAUCAUAUUUUCAGAACCACCUGCUCCCUCGAGGCAUCCCUCUCUUCCAAGUCUUCCUUCUCUCUCGUACCAAGCGGCCUCCCCUAAGUCAUGUUGCUCAGUCGCCAAAGGGAAGUCGGAAAUGGAAACUUUAUUGACAUCUUUCAGGAAAGAUAUUGAUCGUAUCAUACUCGAUACUUUUGGCGAGUGCAAUGCUUCAGCACAAGUCGAUACAUCUCAUCGGCAGACUCCUUUCGGAGCGGGAACAUCCAACGAGGCUCCUCAUGCUUCGUCAGAGGCGUCGUUCAACACAAUGAAUGUCUCAAUGGAACCUCUUUCAUCACAUUGGUGUUUCGUCUGCAGGAACGAGUUUUCUGGAAGCUGGUAUGGGUGUGUGAAAUGCCCGUGGCACUAUGUUUGUCCAAGCUGUUUUUCCAAAUCUGGUGCCAUGCACACGUUCAGUUUUGGGCCAACUCACGUUGUCCAGCAGCAUGAAACUGUACCGUCAAUCGCCAUCACACCGUCAGCCGCGGAAAUAUCUGCAGAGUCUCAGUCUACCGGAACUGAGCUUGUUGAUGCCGAGCCUCGUCAAAACCCGCCUGUCAUUCACCAAAACAUUCUUUGUGACAACUGCAAUGAAGUAAUUGUUGGUGUCAGACGUAAAUGCCUGGAUUGUCCUGAUUAUGAUCUAUGCACGCCCUGUAUCGAGUCAGGUGCUGCAGAGAGGCACAACCCGUUCCACGAAUUCUUCGACAUUGAAAUACCCGGACGAGUGCUCGUUCAUACGGUCUUUAGUGGCAGCGGGGAGCGUGGUGUUUCCCCAAAUAGUGGUAGUGCCAUAGCAGAUAGUCCUCGCACCUCCGCGGCGACGCCAGUGAGCACCAUAGAGACUAUUCGUCAUUGCGCGGCUUGCAACCUGUGUGACUCUCCCAUUGUUGGUGAUCGCUUCAAAUGUGUCAAUUGUCCAGAUUUUGAUACUUGUGCCAACUGCUUCAAGAUUACUGGAGAGCAACAUCCUUAUCACGGCUUUGUGCGGGUGAGCAAGCCGAGCGACCUCGUGAUGCGCAAUGCGGUGACCAACAGAACUACUCAUUACGCGACGUGUGAUGCUUGCCGCGAGACCAUUCGUGGUGUCCGCUAUAAGUGCAUGCACCCUAGUUGUCCGGAUUUCGACCUGUGUCAGAAUUGCGAAGCUCUCCCUAUCCCGGUCCACCCUUCUAUUCAUCCGUUAUUGAAGAUGAAGACUCCAGACACUGUUAUUCCUACCGUGUACAGAGUCGGGAUGACCAAUCUCAUCCAUUCUCGAAGGACAUCUCAGGGGAGCACCCCUCCCGAGACUUUUAAACCUCGUCCUCCGAAAUCUCCGUCCGUUUCUGUAUCACGCACCUCCGAGAUUUCUGUGAAAAAAGAAGAGGAGCCGUCUCUUGUUCCCGAGUCUCUGAGUCCUCUUGCUAUCUUAGCACAGUGCCCCGACUGCUCUGUCACUCCUAACUGCAAAGAACCUUCUUCGUCUCCCACCGAAUUAAGUACCAGCCCCUGCUACCAGGUGAUCAGACCUGUCGAGUCCCAGAAGCCUUCCAUUGUUGAUCGCGAACAAUCGACCUCACCUUACAGUAACUUGGUCCAGACGAUUGAUCGCUCUUCCGUUAAGGUGAACUCGCCACCCCUCGACCUGAACCCUUCACUCGAUAUCUUUCAUGAAGUUUGGCCAAAAGUGAACCGAGAAAUGAAACACCUCACUGAAGCAAGACAAAUCGAAGUAAAUUCACUUAGUUCUGUGGCCGACCUCGGCAAAGCCAUUGAAACCGAUCUGGGAAAGCUGGCGGAAUCUACGACCUCUCCUGUCAAAGGAAUUUGCCCUACAGAAUCUGUGGAUUCACUCCUCAAAGAAGAGUCGCCUGUCAUCCCGACGCUGUCUUUUGAUGUUCCACCGAUGGAUUUUGCUGGACUUCUACGUGGUUUCCGUACACCGUCCCCUGUCGCUUCUAAAGCACCCGCUCCAUCCAGUACAACUUUUUCUUCCCUCCCUGAUAACGUCACAGAUGUCAUAGAUGAACAAGCCACUACUACACCCAGCCUAGAACAGCAACAGGCGGGAAUUACACCUUUCAGCUGUGCUUUUGUAUCCGACACGACAGUUCCUAGCGGCCAGAUUUUUCCACCUGGUGCUGAGUUCGUUAAGUCCUGGCGGAUGUUAAACGAUGGGGACAAGGCUUGGCCAGAGACGACUCAGAUUCACUUCGUUGCGGGGGAGUCUUUUUCACCUGGAGCUGACUCUUCAUUGAUUGUCAAAGUAGGACGUGUUGAUCCCGGUGAAGCUCUUGAUGUGUGGACCGGUGACCUGAAGGCACCUGAUGCUCCUGGCAGAUAUGUCAGUUACUGGAAGUUGACGGACGGUACUGGCGAAAUGUUUGGUCCUAGCGUCUGGAUUGACGUUACUGUCACCGAGCCCCGUCAGUCAGCUGAUGAAGCUGACGAUGAUUCUUUGGCAUCAUCUUCUAUGGUCAUGCCAAAGUCAUCUGAUAAUAGGUCUGCUCAUUCUGUCGGAGCCCUUGGUCACUUAUUUGAACCGUCAUAUCCUCCAACGUCCAAACCUACGACGGACGGGACGGAUGAUGGGGCCUCUGAUGGAUCGUCAGUAUCAUUGGUCAGCGUCCCUUCGUCUGAUGACUAUGGAUCCGACUGGCAGGAUACGCAUUCCCAGCCUGAGAAUCUUGAGUACGUUGUGCUAUACGACAGCAAUGGCUCAGAGGAUGAAUAAAUAUUCUCGAUAACUUCUGUUUGUCUUCUAUUUACGAUGUCUUUAUAUGCAGCGGCAGAUCGAUCCGCACCCGUCUUGUUAUCGUGUACUAUUACAAGCUAUCUGAUUAGAAUCCAUAUCGAAGAGAAUCCGUACAGCGUGACCAAG